AAUGUUUGAACCUCGAAAAUUUCAUUUCACAAUAACUGAAGUUUCGCCGAUCAGUCACGUGCCUACUUGAAACCAGCGACCUGCUCCGUUAUUUUUUGUUGGCCCACGCUUUUCAUUACAGUAGAUCCAACAGCCAACCAAGCAAGCAAUAUGCUCUUCUAUUCUUUUUUCAAGACUCUUGUAGAUCAGACAGUUACCAUCGAACUCAAAAACGAUCUCGCCAUUACCGGAACCUUGGUGUCUGUAGAUCAGUUCUUGAACAUCAAAUUAGACAACAUAAAGGUGGUAGAUGAAGCUCGAUACCCACACAUGAUAACCGUCAAGAAUUGCUUCAUUCGUGGUUCAGUGGUUCGCUAUGUCCAACUGCCUUCGCAAGCCGUCGAUACAGCGUUGCUUCAAGAUGCUGCAAGAAGAGAGGCUGCUCAACCAUCAACUGCACAACAAGGAAAUGUUAGAGUGAAAUAGUCGACUGUAAUAUGUUUGAGACUCUAUCUUUCAACAUUGUAUUAUAAAGAAGUUAUCCACACUUAAACACGUCUAUUAUCUAUUACACGCCAUCGCUGCUGAUCAGCUUUAGCAUGGCAUCUAUGAUUGGUGAUGUUGUUACU